AUUAGACUUUAAAUGUACAUACAGUACACACUAAUUGUAAGUAGAGCAGUUGUGCCGAAGAGCAGUGAAGAAAAUGCAAGAGGAAAACCAACGAACGUUCUUAGAACCCCGAUGACAUUAAUAACCGCAGAGAUAAGAGCACCGCAUCCGUUACAUUCUGCUUCCGAUCUUCUCCAUAUAAAUACAGAUAAAAAAUUUCGAGACUACACUUGUGAUCAAAGCACCAUCGAGAGAGCACAAGAUGAAGGCGAUUCUUUUGACAAUGUACUUCUGUAUAGUUCUUCGAGGAACGUUAUCGCAAUUUGUGAACGAAGAUACCGACACAGAAAUUGAUGUUCUUCCUAUCUCUCGGGUACCACCAGGCUAUAUAGAGCACGGCGGAAAGUAUUAUAAGCUUUAUACAGAUCGGAAAACUUGGGAGGAAGCUCUUGCCGCGUGCGAGUCAGAUGGAGCCGACCUGGCUGUAAUAGAUUCCCGCGAGGAAGCACUUUAUGUAAAAUCUCUUAUAGGAUGGUCAUCCUUUUUGGAAUAUCCUGGAGUCUGGAUCGGGUUCCGCGAUUUGGGCAACAGAGAUUGGAAGACAGUAGGAAGACACUCUGAGUCUCUCGAUAACACAGGAUAUAACACUUGGUGGCCUAGAAGUGCUAAACUUAUCGGUGGUUGUGGAACCAUCAAAACCUGUUCGCGUUACGAUGCACGUGACUGUACGCAACUUCUAAAGUUCAUUUGCAAGUAUGAAAUAUAAUUUCUCAAUUUAUCUGAAUAGAAUUAUUCUAAACGCUUCACACGCAUUAUAUUGAUUAUAUUAAUAAAUACAUUAAAUAAGGUAGCAGAGAAUCCA